AUGUCGUGUUUCGGUCCCGACCCCGUUCAGCUGGCUCAGCAAUUGGGUGGUCUGGAAAACGGAAGCGGGUGUUAUUGGGUUUUCCUAGGUGCCCACCCAAACAAGCUCAGGUGGUUCAGGUUGACGGGCAAAGUACCGUGCACGAGGGGUACCUUGAAGUACCAAGCAAGCGGGGGCGCCAGAACCUUUGCCUCCAGCUGCGUUUAUAACCGCCAUCAGGGUGCAGGGCACCAAUUCCUGGCCUAG